AUGACGCCUCACCGUAGGCCCGCUAAUCAACCGGCACAACAGAAUAAGGGAUUUCUAGAUGCCAUGUAUGCUGCCUUUCAAGGCAUGGCCACAAGAGCUCAAAACGAGCGGUUGGUUGAGGAUAGGAAGCAAGGGUACUUCCAGGAAUUUAGGCGUGCGCCUAUCCCCUCGUUUAAUAGUGAGGGAGGACCCCAGGAAGCAGAAUUCUGGUUAGACUCCAUAGUCAAACAUUUGAGUACUAUGGGAGUUCCAUAUGAAUACUGGGUGGAAUUUGCGGUAUACAAGAUGGGUGGCUUAGUAAAUACCUGGUGGAAACAGGUCAGAAGAAGAAUAGAUGUUGCAGGACUGACCUGGGAGCAGUUUGAGACACUGUUCAAUGAGCAGUACUUCCCUCAGAGUUAUAGGGAUGAAAAGGCGUUGGAAUUCAUGUCUCUACAGCAAGGUGACAUGUUUGUAAGGGAGUAUGAGGCCAAGUUUAAUGACCUGUCCCGGUUCGCGCCAUCUUUGGUGGAAUCUGAACACCUUAGAUGUCUUAAGUUUGAGAAGGGCCUCCAGAACUCUGUGAGGAGACCAUUGGUGGCUUUGAGAAUCCAGAAUUUUCGAGAUUUGGUGGCUGCUGCUACUAGGGUGGAGCAGGAUAACAUAACUUAUCACCAGAGUAAAUAA